AUGGCGGGAGAUGGAGUUCCAUGCUCCAGCCUCCGCCCGGAUUUCCAGCGGGAAAACGCUAAACUCUCCGUCCGCAGAGCGAGUGACAGCGGAGGCCGAUGGCGACGGUGGCGUCUCCCUCGGGCUGCGGGGGCCCUCCCGCCCGGUGGGGCCACACCUGGACUGGGCUGUUCCUCGCAGGGCUGGGACGUGACACUGUCGGUCAGCGGGGCCCCUGGCGGCCUGCUGCUCUACAAUUGGUACCGGGGGGCGUCUCUCAGCCUGUCUCAGAUGAUCCUCAGCUACGUCAACGCCACCGAGAUCCAGACGCCCGGGGCGGCCUACAGCGGCCGGGAGGCCAUUCACCGCAACGGCUCCCUCCUGAUCCAGAGAGUAACCGUAAACGAUUCCGGCAGCUACCUUCUACAAUCCAUCAACCCGCACUUCCAGACAGAAAUAGCGUUUGGCUUUUUGAGGGUUUAUGAAAGGUUUUCCAAGCCCAGGGUCACAGCGAAUGGGACCAAUGUGUUGGAGUACAGAGACUCCGUCGAGCUCACUUGUGUCACCAGCCACAUCGCUGACAUCCGCUGGUACUUCAACCACCAGCUCAUCCCGGGCAGCGGCCGGUUCCUAAUGAGGCCGGGGGUCCGAAGGGAGGAGGCUGGAGUUUACCAGUGUGAAGUCUGGAACCUGCUGAAUGCCAACCGAAGUGACCCCAUCCAGCUCACCGUCAACUAUGGGCCGGACCACGUGACGAUCACCCAUGAAUCGGCGGUGCGCAAGGGCUGCACCAUCGAGGCAGAGCUCAACUCUAUGCUAACGUUGCGGUGCGUCACCGAGUCCUGCCCCGAGCCCCAAUACCAGUGGACCCUGAACGGCACUAGCAGGGGGCACCCUCAGGACUCCCUGCUCAUCGGCGCAAUGAGCUGGGAGCACCAGGGCGUCUACACCUGCAUCGCCCAAAAUAACAAGACUCACCUCUCGGCCUCUGCCAUCGUCUUCCUCACAGUGGCCGUCAUGCCCUCAGGCGCAUUGAUUGUGCCCAUUCCUGCGCGCCAGGUGGAGGGACAAGAUGUGACCCUGUCCGUCCAGGGCUGCCCCCGGGACCUCCUGGUGUACGCCUGGUACCGAGGGAUGGCGGCUGAGCCCAACCGUCUGGUCAGCCAGUUGCCACUGGGGAACUGGAUAGCGGGGCCGGCCCACAGCGGCCGGGAGACCGGUUUCCCCAACUGCUCCUUGCACAUCCAGCACUUGAAUGCCAGCGACUCAGGCCGCUACACCCUCAAGACCGUCACCCUGCAGGGCAAGACCGAGACGCUGGAGAUCGAGCUGCGGGUCCUGAGCUAUUGGCGCUAA